GACAGUGAUUAUAUUGCUUGUUUUCUUUUCAUCGUCGAUUCAUCGAAUCAUCUUUGAUUUAAUUUUACAUACAUUAUUUAAUUACCUACACAGUUUUCAAUUUGUAAUCCCAUUUAUUCCUCGUUUUAAAAAAAUAUCGCCUAUUCUGCCACAGAGUCCUACUGCCUGCUCGACCAGAAGAUGGCAGAUGAUAUACUUUUUGAGUUACUUCAUUCCGAAAUUAUUAAUUAUUCUCUUGAACAAUCAAAGGACAGUAACGAAAAAAAAGAAACUGAUUUGUCUGUUGUUGAGUAUAUUGGAUUUGCAGCUGGCUACAAAAUAAUGGAGAGGCUGACUAGAGAAUGGCCACGAUUUAAAGAUGAACUAGACACUAUGAAGUUUAUUUGUACAGAUUUUUGGACUUGUAUAUACAAAAAACAAAUUGAUAAUCUCCGUACCAAUCAUCAAGGAGUUUAUGUAUUGCAAGAUAAUGCAUUCAGAUUUCUCACAAACUUUUCUAACGGACAUCAGUAUUUGGAAUAUGCUCCCAGAUAUGUUGCAUACACUUGUGGUCUAAUACGAGGUGGAUUGGCUAACCUUUGCAUCAACAGUGUGGUCACCGCUGAAGUUCAAAAUAUGCCAUCUUGCAAGUUUCACAUACAUGUCCAAAGGACAUAAUAAAAAAAGUAUUAUUAUGUUGUUUAUAUCCAUUUAAUUAGUGUAAAUAUAAAUAAAAACAUACAUAUUUGCUUUUCUC